AUGCAAGCAACUUUAUGCAAGAUAGAAGGGGCGUUUCGUACUAGUCAAUGCCCCUCACACCUUAAAGUUGUAUUUGCUGUGGGAAUGCUUCGAAACAGUGGGAAAAGAUGGUGGGAUGAAUUGUUGGCAAUCAAGAAAGAGGCCUUGGAUAAUGUGGAGUGGCCCAAGUUUAAAACCGUGUUCUUCAAAGAGUUUAGGUCGGAGGUUGAAGUGACCAAGUUGAGAAGUGAAUUUCUUAAUGACUGUCAAGGCAAUUUGAGCUUGAAUGAAUUCCGAGCCCAGUUCCUGGACAAGGCACAAUUUUGUCCGGAAUUUCUUAAGAAUGAUCAAUUGCUUAAGGAGCAAUUUUAUUUGAAGUUGAGGAAAAGCUUGCGAGAGAAGAUUAUCCUACGUCAAAUGGAGUUUUUCUCCAUGUUGGCGGAUGUGGCUAGAGAUCAUGAGAUUAAGCAAUCUAGGGUGGAAGAAGGUGAUGUGAAAAGGAAGCAUGAAGAUACGAAUUUUCCCAACAAACGAUUUAGACAAGAGGGUAGCUACGGUAACAAUGCUACAAGAAGAAACAUCCCUUUUUGUUGA